CCAAGUAAGAGGACAUAAAUAACGUACGGUUUUUUCCUAUGGAGAGAAAAGAAAAGGCAAAAAGCACGUUCCACCUUCGUUCUCCCUAAUUAUCUCCUUCAAAAGAUAAAAAGUAGGAACACAUUUGCCCUUGAAGGGCAGAGCCACGGAAUUAAGGAGCUCUCUGAACACUCCGCCUCUUCUGAUAGGGACCAAACCUUUUGCUGAGCCUUGUGUCACAGUCAGUCCGCGGCGCGACACGCCUCAGUAUUUACUUCUGCCGCCUGCCAGCCGGGCGGGGAAGGGGAGUACCCGGCCACCCCUCACUUUAGCUCCUGCAGCUUUCCAAACAAACCAGGGCGGGAUGGGAGUGUCUUCUUGGCUGUGGAAAUCGAUCCUCCUACCUUGUCCUGAAGCCACCCGCCGCCUUUCCUCGUCCCUCCCUUCGCGGUGAUUUUCCGGUCCCGGCGCCCGGCGAGGGCGCGCGGCUGGUGUCCGCCCCGCCCGAAAGCAUUUGCAAGUGAGGAAGCAGCACAACCCCGGGUCUUAGAUAAUUUCUAACAGAGGCCCCAGCAAUUCAGCAGGCAGCAUCCUGAGUCUUUGGGAUCCUGGUCCCUCUUUAGCAAAUUCUCCACCUUUGCGAACAGAGGGUCUUUAGGACACAGAUUCUUAAAAGUGCAGGUGAGCCAGCCAUGAGAGGGUAUCUUGUGGCCAUAUUCCUGAGUGCUGUCUUCCUCUAUUAUGUACUGCAUUGUAUACUAUGGGGAACGAAUGUCUAUUGGGUGGCACCUGUGGAAAUGAAACGGAGAAAUAAGAUCCAGCCUUGUUUAUCAAAGCCAGCUUUUGCCUCUCUGCUGAGGUUUCAUCAGUUUCACCCUUUCCUGUGUGCAGCUGAUUUUAGAAAGAUUGCUUCCUUGUAUGGUAGCGAUAAGUUUGAUUUGCCCUAUGGGAUGAGAACAUCAGCGGAAUAUUUUCGACUUGCUCUUUCAAAACUGCAGAGUUGUGAUCUCUUUGAUGAGUUUGACAACAUACCCUGUAAAAAGUGUGUGGUGGUUGGUAAUGGAGGAGUUUUGAAGAAUAAGACAUUAGGAGAAAAAAUCGACUCCUAUGAUGUAAUAAUAAGAAUGAAUAAUGGUCCUGUUUUAGGACACGAAGAAGAAGUUGGGAGAAGGACAACCUUCCGACUUUUUUAUCCAGAAUCUGUUUUUUCAGAUCCCAUUCACAAUGACCCUAAUACGACAGUGAUUCUCACUGCUUUUAAGCCACAUGAUUUAAGGUGGCUGUUGGAAUUGUUGAUGGGUGACAAAAUAAACACUAAUGGUUUUUGGAAGAAACCAGCCUUAAACCUGAUUUAUAAACCUUAUCAAAUCCGAAUAUUAGAUCCUUUCAUUAUCAGAACAGCAGCUUAUGAACUGCUUCAUUUUCCAAAAGUGUUCCCCAAAAAUCAGAAACCUAAACACCCAACAACAGGAAUUAUUGCCAUCACAUUGGCAUUUUACAUAUGUCACGAAGUUCACCUAGCUGGUUUUAAAUACAACUUUUCUGACCUCAAGAGUCCUUUGCACUACUAUGGGAAUGCCACCAUGUCUUUGAUGAGUAAGAACGCGUAUCACAAUGUGACUGCAGAGCAGCUCUUUUUGAAGGACAUUAUAGACAAAAACCUGGUAAUCAACUUGACUCAAGACUGACUCUACAGACUCGGAAGAUGAUGCUAACAGUGUUAGUUUUAUUUUUGUACUGCAAUUUUUAGUUUAAAAUAUGUUGGAUGCACUCAUCAAAGAAUUAUGUUUAUUGUCUGUUGCUGCCUGGUGAUUCAUAACCAGCAGCUUAAUUUCUGUGAAUACUGUAUAUUUAACUUAUGAAAACCAAGAAAGGUUAAGAUAUCGGGAAAAUAAGUUUUGAUUGCAUUGUUUUUAAAAUAAGCUAGUUUUCUGAGGUGUUUUUACAUGUCUUUUUAUAGUAACUUCAUCUUAGAUUUUUGAAGGGAUAUGACUUCCUACUAAGGAUUUAGUUUACCACAACAAUUCUGACUGUAGUAAGACAUUUUGAGAAGUAUAUUUGGCUACUGUAAACAUGGCUCGUGGAAAAUCACAUGAUUGUGGCUUGAUGUGGCAAGCUGAAACCACUUGGCUCUGGAAAUCUAAGUUCAUACUGGUUUAAGCUCUCCCCUGACAACCCCAGAAUUAAAUGAACCAUGAUUGUGAAGAGUAAUUUGGUACAAUGAAGGCAGUGUUUUUAAGUUAAAGGAAAUAGGCUAAACAUAAAGUUCUAGAUAAGUAAAUAACUAAAGAAUACAAUUACUAAAGUCUGAUGGCUUUGUAUUAUUUUAAAGAAAUGAAGUUUAACUUUAUACAAUGAAGCUAAGCUAGGCAAGCUCAAGAAGGGAAAAUAAUCUUCAACAUUAUUUUUUUUUUUGCCUGACUUAUUAAAUUUUGAAGGUUUUCCACUUGAAGUAAAUUAGGAAAGGUACAUAAGAUAACAGAACAAGUAAACACUUAAGAAAAGUCAAGCUGAGGCUGGGCAUGGUGGCUCACACCUGUAAUCCUAACACUUUGGGAGACUGAGGGAGGCAGCUGGUAUUGUCUGAACUCAGGAGUUCAAGACCAGCCUGGCCAACAUGGUGUGAAACCUCAUCUCUACUAAAAUACAAAAAAAUUAGCUGGGCGUCAUGGUACGCACUAUAGUCCCAGCUACUCAGGAGGCUGAGGCAUGAGAAUUGCUUGAGCCUGGUAGGCAGAGGUUCAGUGAGCCGAGACUGCACCACUACACUCCAGCCUGGGUGACAGCGAGACUGUCUUCCAAAAAAAAAAAAAGUGAAGUUGGCAUUUUUGGAUUUAAAUGGUAAAAAAAGAAAAUCUCAUUUUCCCAUGAUUAAAGCUAAUCUUCAGAUGGAAAGCUUGCCUGGCUACCUAGGGUGCACCAGAGAAUCUGAUCCAAUGCAAGCCAGUCAAGCCUACAAAUGUGGUGAGGUAGUCUCCCUUCCUGUAUUUUAAUAAAUGUAACCAAAGGCCAUCUGGAGGUGGGGGAAUGAGAGGUGAAGGAACAGAACAAUAGAGGUUAUAAGGAUGGAACUAAAAGUUUUCAGAAGAGGUAUGAGCUGAAGAAAGAAUUACUCUCUUUUGAACAAUAAAUACAAUUGGAAAACACUGGAAAA